UUCGCCAGUCGUCCGCCAGUUGCCUCCACGGAGCAAUCGCCACCAAAUUGCACUAGCCGCACGGCCUGGAGUGUUUGUAAUCCCAGGGACCUCCCGAGAGACAGACAAGUUCGGAACUGCAAUACAUAUUUUAUGAAAACUAUACACCCUCACAACUAAAGAGUAUCUGAAAGCAAAUAUGUCCUGCAAUGAGAAAACAGCGCUGCUGGCAACGCAACAAGGACAUCAGCAGCGGCAGCAGCACAUCAUUGUCGUGCCCGCGUCGGGGAAGGAUCCAAAGGAUUAUGAGCCCAUUUUCACAACUGCUGAUUAUUCCUACGGACUGACGCUGGAGGAGUUGCUGCCCUUCGCCCAGGAUCCCUGGUGGCAGAGUGUGCGGCGGUUCAGCUGCGUUGUCCUGGGACUGGCCUUCCUGCUGACCCUGAUUGCCGGCCUCGUUCUGGCCUAUUCGGGCACUGUCUGCCGGCCAGAUAUAGCAAUUAGCGGGAACUCAACGGUCGCUACGCCAUUAUCCUUGGUUUCCAACGGCACUCAGCUGCUGAUGGCCAGUUUAUAGAGCCACCGGCUAAUCUCUGGAACAUUUUGGAGAGCCGGCAUCGGCACGCACUAUUCGCAUUUGUUUGGCUUGCCGGCUUCCCACUGGAUGGGAACCCAGUUGCUAAACGAGCGUAGCGAUAAGCGAUAAGCGGCGCAUCGCGGAACAGAUUGAUUGCGGGUAAUUGUAUUUGCUGCCAGCUGAUUGCUUUGGCUUUCGAAUAUAGAUCAGGAAACAAAUGGACCAUAGUCAAUAAUCUGCUGCUUAAAAAACAUUCCAUUUUAUUUUAUUAUUUUUUCCAUUUCCAUUAAGCAGUCUAUUUUUUAAUAUUUAAAAUUAUUAUUAGUUGCAUUAAAAAAUGAAAUGUUGCUUUUAGCGGCUGUAAUGUAGUCGUCGUAUUCAGAUGUAGCUUUGGUUUUUAUUAAAAAUUCAAUACUUACAUUCGUA